AUGCUUAUCACGUCUCAGCACAGGCUACUCAGGGAGCUGUGGGCAGGAACACACUCUGAUCCCUUGGGGCUGGGCGUGGGUGCACAGGCUGCCCUGGGAGAUACCGGCAGCAACUUAGACGGGUCUGGCCCCAUGGGGUUGGGUGUGGGGCUGAACACAUGCGUGGGUGUGGGGGUGGCGUCUGGGGGUGGUCUGGGAAGCGAGGUGGGCGUAUCGUCAAUGUCUCUGUCUGCAAAGAACAAUGUGGCGUACAUGAUGGAUGCGAGUCAGGCGACGGCCGAUGGUGUGGAGGAUGGCCACUCGAGGGCAGAUAGGUGGGGCACUUGUGUAGUUAGGCACUUAAAGUCUGUCGAGUCGGUGCAAUCGCAUGCUGCAAGCGUCAACAGUGUGGAGAUGAGUCGCAACACCCUGAAUGGGCUGGGAGACGAUAAACGAAGUGAGCAGGCCAAUGCUACUAGACCACUUACUGUUACAGAUAAAGUUAGUACUGGUGCUAAAAACGUAGAAGAUCGCAGGUCGUCUAGUGCGGCGGUGGGUAGAGAUGGGGUUGGUAGUGGGCGGCCGUUGUUAGAAGAUUCGUCAGCCGAUCGCAAACGCGCCAGAACAGCAGAUAAGGACGGCUCAGAGAGGGUGCGUGUUUCCAGAUACGCUAGCUUCAGCACUGGCAGAAACACGAAUCGGUUUGAAAUGGACGCCACUACGAAUGGCCCAGUCACGGGCAACGGUAAGGACACGGGUCUAUAUUGCCCUGGUGUUGUAUGUGUAAGGGAACGGGUUAAUAAUGCCCUGGUGUAG